UUCGUUUUAUUGACUCAUUGGUCGACGGAUUUGAUAGACAGCUCAUCGUCCCGCCCCCUCUUCCGGAAGCCUCCAUCGACGAUCAUGGCGCUCGCAAGAAGUGUCUACAAUCUGCUCUUUAGGAGAACGUCAACUUUCGCUAUCACCAUCAUGGUGGGAGCUGUUGUCUUCGAGAGGGUGUUUGAUCAGGCUGGAGAUGCGAUAUUUGAGAACAUAAAUCGGGGUAAACUCUGGAAACACAUCAAACACAAUUAUGAAGAGAAGGAGGAAUAAUCCUGGCUCCGAUGCAGCGUUCAUUCUACCAUCAUCCCAUUUCCUGAUGUGACCCUGUUGGAUGGUCCACCGGCUUUUGCAGUGUCUUCGGACGCCGUGUUCAACUUCCAGCCUUUGUCCCAGGGACAUAGACAGACUGAUUACCGAACCCUGUUAAAAUGUCAGGUGACCACCUGUUAUUGUGCGAUAUGUCACAUUCUUCAUGAUUUGUAAAUGUGUUGCGAACUUAAUUCUGUAUGAAUAAACUGUACAUCCUAGAAUCCUUUAAAA